CUAAAUCUUAAGACUUCGAUGCUUCUGUUUUGAUAUUUCGGCGUGACGCUUCAGCCUUGUUGUUUGUUUGUUCUAAGUUCAGUUCUGGUAGGAGAGAGAGAGAGAGAGAGAGAAGCGAAGAGAGUUUCUUUAGAUCUGAGGACAAAGAUAAAAGAAAAGAGAAAACCAAGUCAAGUGGGAGAGACUGAUCACUGAUCGCAGUUUGUCUCUUGGAUUUUUCUGAUCUGAAAAAGCAUCCUCGAAGAAGGUGAAAUUGUGUGGAUGUUUCUGUCUGGUCUCUGUUAAAAUUUGCUCUGCUCGACUCUCUCAUGGAGCUUCUUUCUUGUUAGGUGCGCGGAGGAAAAAGCCUUGGGAGGGUUGAGAAAGUUGCAAGCAGCGCCGGUAGAGGAGGAGAAAGAGAAGAAGGAAGGAUGAGCUGCUGCGAAUUUUCUUCUAUCUUCACUUAAAGGGAGUCGACAAUUCAGUGCGACUUCUGUUACAUUUUGGUUUUCUCUAUUCCCGCAAAACAUUGGAACGACGGGAGGCGUCAAAUGUGUGAAACAAGAACGAGGUUUCAAGAGAUUGAAGGGAUUCACUUCUUUAAGGGGGUUUCUGCAAGUCCUUCGUUGGAACGCUGAAGUUGCUCUAACUACUAACUACAAGACGGAAAUUACGGGAACAUGGAUUCCUGUGAGCAUCUAGCUUAUCUUGCUCCUCGGGCUGUUGGAGUCUAGCCACUGUUUUGAAUCUACUUCAAUACAACGGAGAAUUCAUAAACAUCUCCACACCCUUCCCCCCAAAUUCUCCAGAGUUGGGAUUUCUUCUCUGAAGACUAUUUUCGGGAUAGGACGAAGGUAGCGUUUUCGCUUCACAUAUUCGCUUCGGUAUGAGGUUGGUUCGAGUAAGACACGAAGAGUGAAUGUACUGUAUGCACUGUUGAAAUGAGGUGCAGAAGUUCAAGACAUGACAUCAUAUAUGAAAGGUACGUAGGGUUUUCUUCAAUGUCACAGUGGAAAUGGUGAAGUCCAAGUGGAAAAGGAAUCGCGCGGAGAUAUACAAGUUGACGAUUCCUUCUGUUAGGUUGUCAGUCGCAGAAGCACAAUUUCUAGCUUAGGGUCUUCCAUCUGUUUAGUAAUGUGCUUCUUUCUCUCAUCUCUCUGAGUCUAGUUUUCUAGAUUGAGAACAGAGGAGGUUUUGUUUCUCUUUUUUUUGGGCGGUUUUUUCUUGCUGGAAUUUCUGGCUAGAGACUUGAGAUUAAGCUUGAGUGAACUAGUAGAUUAGCUUCAACAAAGCAGGUUCAUGCUUUGAACACGGUCUGUUUGAUUACUGCUAUCGCUAGUCGCUACGGCAAUGAUCACAUUUACAGAUUCAAAAGAACCAACGAAGGAUACGGAAAAAUGCCUAGAUUCUCAACUUUGGCAUGCCUGCGCAGGUGGUAUGGUGCAGAUGCCUCCAGUUAACUCAAAGGUCUUCUACUUUCCUCAGGGACAGGCGGAGCAUGCUCAUGGAAACGUUGAUUUUGGGAAUUCACAAAGGAUUCCAUCACUCAUCCUCUGCCGAGUUGCUGAGGUGAAGUUCAUGGCAGAUCCUGAGUCAGACGAAGUGUAUGCCAAGAUGAGGUUGAUACCGGUAAGGAAUAACGAAGCUGACUGCGAUGAUGAUGGGAUUCUCCGAAGCAACGGAUCUGAGGUCCAAGAGAAGCCAGCAUCGUUUGCCAAGACCUUGACACAAUCAGAUGCUAACAAUGGUGGAGGUUUCUCUGUCCCUCGUUACUGUGCAGAAACAAUCUUUCCACGUCUAGACUAUUCGGCUGAUCCUCCUGUCCAGACAGUUCUUGCAAAGGAUGUCCAUGGUGAGAUUUGGAAGUUUCGCCACAUAUAUAGAGGAACCCCACGCCGUCACCUCCUGACCACCGGAUGGAGCACUUUCGUGAGCCAGAAGAAGCUCAUGGCUGGGGAUUCAAUUGUUUUCUUAAGAACGGAGAAGGGGGAUCUCUGCGUCGGAAUCCGGAGAGCGAAGAGGGGGAUUGGUGUUGGUCCUGAGUCCCUGUCUGGAUGGAAUCCAGCUACUGGAAACUGUGUCUCGCCAUAUGGAGGUUUCUCUGCCUUCUUGAGGGAGGACGAUAACAAGCUAAUGAGAAACCCUGAUUGCGGGAAUGCAAACUCCAAUGGCAGUUUAAGGGCAAGGGGAAGAGUUAGAGCCGAGUCUGUUAUCAUGGCUGCAACUCUUGCUGCCAGUGGGCAGCCCUUUGAAGUCGUUUACUACCCAAGAGCCAGUACCCCGGAGUUUUGCGUCAAGGCCUCUUCUGUGAGGGCAGCAAUGCGAAUCCAGUGGUGUGCAGGGAUGAGAUUCAAGAUGGCUUUUGAGACUGAGGAUUCUUCCCGGAUUAGCUGGUUCAUGGGAACCAUAUCUUCGGUUCAGGUUGCUGAUUCCAUCCGGUGGCCUCAGUCACCGUGGAGACUUCUCCAGGUAAUCUGGGAUGAACCAGAUUUGCUUCAAAAUGUGAAGCGCGUCAGCCCAUGGCUGGUCGAAUUGGUAUCCAACAUGCCCGCCAUCCAAUUCUCACCCUUUACACCAGCAAGGAAGAAAUUGCGGCUCCCACAACACCCAGAUUUCCCCCCUGACGGUCAAGUUCCAAUACCGUCAUUUUCAGGCAACCCCCUUGGAUCCAGCAGCGCCUUGUGUUGUUUAUCAGACACCACAACUGCAAGCAUACAGGGAGCCAGGCAUGCUCAAUUUGGUAUAUCCUUAUCAGAUCUCCACCUCAACAAACUGCAGUCGGGUCUGUUUCCAGCUGGUUUCCAGCGGUAUGAUCACGGUAACCCACCAUCAAGAAUCUCUAAUGGCAUUGUGGGCAUAGCUAGUGACAGUGACAAUGUAUCAUGCUUGUUAACCAUGGGAAGUUCUGCCCAGACUUCAAAGAAAUCUGAUGAUGGAAAGACACCCCAGUUCUUGCUCUUUGGACAACCUAUACUCACUGAGCAGCAGAUCUCUCUUAUUAGCGGGUCUGGUGAUACAGUCUCACCGGUGCUUACAGGGAACAGUUCAUCAAAUGGGAAUCAGAAGAAGACAAACAUCUCAGAUGGUUCUGUGCCUUUACUUCAUCAGCAUGGUGUGCAGGAUAACUUAUGUGAAGGGAUUCGAUGGUAUAAAGAUCGGCCAAAAAUGGAGCCCGGUUUGGAGAUCGGCCACUGUAAGGUCUUUAUGGAAUCAGAGGAUGUGGGCAGGACUCUUGACCUUUCAGUUCUUGGAUCAUAUGAAGAACUAUACAGGAGGCUGGCCAACAUGUUUGGCAUAGAAAAGUUAGAAAUGCCGAGCCAUGUGCUCUACAGAGAUGCAUCGGGUGCGGUUAAACACACCGGAGAUGAACCAUUCAGCGAGUUCAUAAAAACUGCAAGAAGACUGACAAUUCUAAUGGAGGAUUCAGGCAGCGACAACAUAGGAAGGAAAUGGAUCUCUGGGUUGCAGAGUGCUAUAAAUGGACUUGGCUCUUCUAAUAGGAUGGUCCAGCUAGUAUAUGCUUAAACUAGGAAACUUUUUGAGGAUUUUGAGACGGGAUGUUGACUGUUGAGAAUUGAGAUCAUUUCUUUUGAGAAUCCCCUCCCCGCCAUCCUUUUUUCUCUUUUACGUGGUGGUUGUGGGAGAAGAAUUUCAUUACUAUAUGGAAGAACUGAGAUCUAAGGUUUUAUUCCC